AUGAAUAUGGGUUACUCUACGACACGCACGGCCACCAAACGACGUACACAUACUGUCAUGAACUCCUCGGACCCGUUUCGCUCGGUGUCACCUCUACCGAGAAUCCGAAUUGCAUCGCGUUCCCCAGACGAACCCCUCGAAAUUGCCCCAGACAAGGACCAGGAUGAUCCCGCUAGCGGAAAUCUGCAGCCUCGAUCGGGCCUUGGAACUGUUGCUAUGCGCUCUCUGACAGCUACCGCAGCAUUGCUGCUGUCUUCGACGACAUUGGCGGUCCUCAAUGUGAGCCAGAACAACAACAGCUUGACACUUUCUAAUGAGAGGCUUGUCGCAUCGGUUACCAAGACUCGUGGGUCCAUCAACCUCCUGACUUUGGAUGGCCAAAAUCUCUUGGGUACGGAGAGUGGGAAUACUGGUAUUGGACCCUAUUUGGAUUGCUAUUGCACUCCCUCGGGCUUCUGGACACCGGGUCGUGGAAGAGAUGUGACCUACAAGCUCUACAAUGGCACAGAUUCAACAGGCACCAGGUACGGUGGAAUCAGUAUGGGUGAAACCUAUGCGCCCACGGGACAGCGUUUGGAGCAGUACUGGUUCUUGAGGGAGGGAGAGACCGGGCUGCACACUUUCAGCCGAGUCGUCUAUAAAAAUGAGACAUCGCCCUUUUUGCGGAAUCUGCAAGAGUUCCGCACCCUGUUCAGACCAAACCACAAUCCACCACUCUUCACCCAUUUCGUCACCAACGAGAAAUUCUCUGCACCGAGACCAGACACUACGGGCCAGGUCACAGUUCAGGAUGCUACUUGGUGGCUUCCCAACAAGGAAUCUCCGUACGUGAAGGGCGUUGGAGACUACUUCACCAAGUACACAUUCCAAGAUACAUGGCGCGACCACAAAGCUCAUGGUAUGUAUGCAGACGGAUCCGGCAGCGGAAACGGCUCGACAUACGGCGCCUGGCUGGUCCACAACACAGUCGACACGUACUACAAUGGCCCUGUCCAUUCCGACCUUGUCGUCGACGGCAUUGUCUACAACUACAUGGUCAGUAACCACCACGGCAAUCAAGUCCCCAACAUCACAAACGGCUUCGACCGCACCUUUGGCCCGCAAUACUACCACUUCAACAAAGGCGGCUCACUCGAUCAACUCCGCCGCGACGCAGAGCAAUACGGCCUCCGCCCAGAUUGGAACGCCGCCUUCUACGAUUCCAUCGCCCACCACGUACCCAAUCUCGUCCCAACCUCCGGCCGAGGCACCUUCCAAGCCAAAAUCCGCCUCCCCAAGGGUGCAAAGAACCCUAUCGCCAUCCUCACCGAAACCGGGCACGACUACCAAGAUAAUGUCUUCGACCCAAAAGCCUACCAAUACUGGUCCAACAUCUCCCCAACCGGCACCGUCCACAUCCCUCGCGUAAAAGCAGGCUCCUACCGCCUCACCCUCUCCGCCGACGGCAUCUUCGGAUCCUACACCCAAGACAACAUCCGCAUCCACGCCCGCAAAACAACAUCCCUCCCGCCAACAAAAUGGACCCCGGAAUCCGCAGGCACAGAGCUCUUCCGCAUCGGCACCCCAGAUCUCUCCGCAGGCGAGUUCCGCCACGGCUCUGCACCUUCCACCACACACCCGCUCCUCACAGAGGAAUACCGCCUCUACUGGGCCGCCUACGACUUCGUCACCGACUUCCCCCGCGGCGUCGUGUUCAAAGUCGGGCGAGACGCUGUUGCUACCGCGCUCAACUACGUGCACUGGAGCGUGUUUGGCGGAAAAGCGAAUUUCGCGCGCCCGGAGCCAGUGCUCGAGAAUGUCAGUAAUUGGACUAUUCUGUUUGAUGCAGAGGCGCGGCAACUCGCGGGCAAGCACAAGGCGACCUUUACGGUGCAGUUGGCAGGUGCCAAGACGGCCGCGGGAAAUACGGAUGUGUUUAAUGCAAGUGAGAGGUAUAGCAAUUUGCCGUAUAUGGUGAAUGUAAAUGGGAGGGAUUUGGAGCCGUGGGUGAUUCCCUCCAACCAAUCUUCCUCCUGCGCCGUCCGCUCCGCCGUCAUCUGCUACCACCUCGCGCACAAAUUUACUUUUGAUGCCGCGUUCCUCAAGGCCGGAGAGAAUGCAUUUGUAUUGAGUUUGCCGUACAACGCCACGAACUUUGAGAGUGCGUUGUUACCGGAGAGCGUGUAUGUGCAAUAUGAUGCGUUGAGGUUAGAGGUGGAGUGA